AUGUGGCACACAGAUUUUGGAGAAUUCUAUGGUCUUCAAGCUGAUAUAAGCAUUUGGGGGUCCCCAAAUCAAGGACCAUCUCAACAGUCUGGAGCAGCCUUACAGAUCAACUGUCUCGAAGAAGGACGCUACGAAACCUUUGUAACCGGAUUUCAGGUGGCCCCUGCUUUGUACAAUAAUCACGAUGUUCGCUUCUUUACAUUCUGGACUUCGAUCGGUGGUGCCACUUCAGCGGGCUGCUAUGACUUGAGGUGCGCAGGAUACACACCGGCAAGUGGAGCUUCACUUUUGCCGGGACAGGCCAUUGCUCCUCCAUCAAAAUAUGGUGAACAAGGUCGCAAGGUCACUCUUAGCCUAAAUAAGGAUCCUAGCUCCGGAGAUUGGGUGUUGUACCGACACCACGAUUCACAUGCCCCAUCAUUUUUGGGGCAUUUUCCAGGGAACCUUUGCUCAAGUACACCACGAACAAUGGCAUGGCUUGCAUUUGUGAGUUAUCCUUGGAAUACACAAGGUCCUCCGAUGGGCAGCGGUCACUUUCCUGAGGAUGAUGAACGAAAAUCAGGAUUUUUCAGGAAUAUUAAGUUGCAUGACUCCCAAGGUCAUGUUGUUGAGCCGGCCAUAGUUUGGAACCCUUUAGUUGACAGGCCCGAUUGCUACAAUCAUACCGAUGUCUUCAAUAGAGAAGGAAAGGGCUUCAUGUUUUAUUAUGGUGGACCAAGUGGCUGUAUUGGAUGA